AUGACAUUGUCACCCGUCAAGAGCCCCCUGCUCCUCCCAGAGAUCCUAAGCAACAUUGGCCGCUUCCUCGCCAAACGGGAACUCAUCGCCUGUUUCCAGGUCUGCUCCACCUGGCACGCCGCCCUCGAGCCCGUCCUCUGGGCAGACCUCAACUUUGAAAAACAGCUCCUUCAGUCCUACUUUGUCGACGCUGAACGUCAAGUCCGCAUCCUCCCCGACCCGCCCACCAUUCAGCGACUCGCCCGACAUAUCACCUCCAUACGCUACAGAGGCUGUCAAAGCCCCAUCUCCCUCCUUAUUCUCCCCCACAUUGUCCGUCUUACUAGACUUCGAGUCUUUCACCACUCCUCUGCCACCCUGCGGUCACUCAUCCUUCGCAAUGUGGCCUCGCUUGUCCAUAUCCAUUGGGAGGAGCAAUAUUCCGGAUUGGCCUCGGUUUAUCGGCCGCCCGACCUGGUCGACGACAUGUUCUCGGUCAUGGUCCAGUGUCGGCAUCUUCAUACCCUCACAUUGACACGGUCCACCGUCUCUGAAUCCCAAGCACAACCAUUCUAUCAACUCUUGCAACAGUUGCACUCCAUCACCCUCUCCUCAACAAGCAUUCACUCCUUCCCCUCCGACCCGAUCCAUUUCCCCAACAUCAACUCCUUGGCUCUUUUGGCGGUCGACAUGGACCCGAAACAGCAGUUCAAGUUGGUGGCGUCAUGUCCGAACCUGGGGACGUUCAGUUGGAAGGCACGCGUCCGGACACCCAUCACAGCAGAUGCACUCACCCUCCCAACAACAUGUCCUCGGUUGACGGCCUUGGACUUGAGCCGCUGUGAGAGCUCUGACUCAAUCAUGGCGCAGAUUAUGCAAAAGUCUCCCCACUUGACCUUUCUCGAUGCCUCUCGAUCUUCUUUUGGACCUGCAUGCUUCAUGAUUUUGGUCCGCAACCAAAGUCGGGCUCUCCAACAUCUCGAUGUCCGGACCUGCGGGGAUGUCACGUCGGAAAUGAUCCACGCCAUCAUGGUCUACUGUCAGAGGCUGGUCUCCUUUCAGGCGUCUGACAUCCCUGCCAGGGUUCUGAUCCAAGAGCCACAGAUCCAGUGUCUGCAGCUCGAGAUCUUGACCCUCAAUUUGACCGAGAUUGCUCAGGACAAGACCAUACAGUUCCGCGUCUAUGAACAGCUAGCUCGACUGACGCGGCUCAAAGUCUUGACGUUUGGACCGGCAGCGGAAGGUUCGAGGUUAGGAGCUGGAGCUGGGAUUGGGGCGGGUAACGGCGGUAGUGGUGCGGCACCUAGGACAUGGAUGGGGAUUGGGAUGGGUAUGGGCUCAGGAAUGAACACUGCAGCGGGGGUUGGAGCGGCAGGAAACACUGGGGGCGGCGGCGGCGGUGGUGGAGCGGCUGUUGCAGGAGCGCGACGACUACAGAAUGCGAUCGGCAGUACACCUUUGAACAACAUGAUGACGACUCUCAAGAAGGACGAACCAGACUCGAUGGACUUUCGACUAAAAUAUGGACUUGCUCAACUGGCGACACUGAAGCAGCUGGAAGAGUUCCGGUUUGAAGGGCUGGUCCUGUGCAAGAUGGAUGUGGACGAAAUCCAGUGGAUCGCCAAUGCAUGGAAGAGUCUGCGUAUGGUCCGAGGAGUGCUACAUAAGGAGAAGAGGAGGCGGGCCAGACUUGAAAGCAAGCUACGCGAACUACGGCCAGAUGUUCGCCUUGUCUCCAUUGACAUGUGCAAAGUCACUUUGUUCUAG